AGGACGACCACUGACACAAAAUGGGGGACUGGGAUCUUUUGGGCCGUCUGUUGGACAAAGUGCAAACUCAUUCCACAGUCAUUGGAAAAGUCUGGCUCACAGUUCUAUUUGUGUUUCGCAUCCUGGUCCUCAACACUGCAGCAGACAGGGUUUGGGGUGAUGAGCAGUCAGACUUUAUAUGCAACACGCAGCAGCCCGGUUGUGAGAACGUGUGCUACGAUUUGGCCUUCCCCAUCUCUCACGUGCGAUUCUGGGUGCUACAGAUCAUCGCGGUGGCCACUCCCAAACUGCUCUACCUUGGAUAUGUUCUUCAUGUCAUUCACGCUGAGAAAAAGAAGAUGAAAAAGCAGAUCGAGUUUGACGACCAGGACUACAAGCUCCCAAAGUACACCAAGAGCAGCGGGAAAGUCAGCAUCCGUGGACGACUCUUACACAGCUACAUCUUCCACCUCAUCGCUAAGAUCCUGCUGGAGGCUCUGUUCAUCGUGGGACAAUACCUACUCUAUGGCCUUCGUCUGGAAAUGCGCUACCAAUGCGUCCAAUGGCCCUGCCCGCACAAAGUCGACUGCUUUGUGUCCAGACCUACAGAGAAAUCCGUCCUCAUCUGGUUCAUGCUCGUAGCGGCACUGGUAUCUCUAGCGCUGUGUUUGAUAGAGUUGUUUUAUAUGUUCUUUAAAGCGGUGAAGGAGUGCAUUUCCAGAAGGCAGGACUACACGGUGACCCCAGUGACCCCACCGCUAAAGGCCUACAAAAGCCACGAUGAGAUGAUCCAAAACUGUGUCAAUCUGGACUUGGAGAUACAGGGUAGAAAGAUGGCAUCAGGAGGAGCAGUGAAUGACGUGGCCAAAAAUGCAGAGAAUAACAAAAUAGGGCAGGUUUUUAUAUAG